GGGACGUAAGAAAGUCACGGCUUGUGGUUUGGAUCCGAAUGGCGGCUGUUCGUCUUGUUUCGUGUUUUUCUAGAAGUGCUUAUUUUUUAAGACCUCAGAAUAAACGUCUCAUGCAACCGUUUUCACGUAAUUUUGCCUUGCGACAAUUUUUAGUGCAAAAUGCGUUUACUAAGUCGUCCUUGCGUCGGAGUUAUAAUCUCGAAGUGGAAGACCCAACGUUUCAAGCUAACAGACUGGCUGCCUCAUUGCGUGGAUCUUCCGCAUUAACUUCACACACAAAUCCUAAGUUUAACAUUGAUGUGUUGGUUUCUCUUCUGCGGCAAGAGAAUGCAGCUGAUAUUUGUGUUAUAAAAGUACCAGAAGAGUUCAAGUAUUCAGAUUACUUUGUCGUUGUAAGUGGCACUUCGACUAGGCACAUUCAAGCAAUGGCACAGUAUGCCUUAAAAGUGUAUAAGUAUCUUCAGGAAGACAACAUUCAUGCCAACAUUGAAGGGAAAGAUUCAGAGGAUUGGCUGUGCAUAGAUUUUGGUCAAAUUGUUGUUCAUUUCAUGCUUCAUGAAACCAGAGAGAUCUAUGAGCUUGAAAAAUUAUGGACUUUGCGUUCAUAUGAUGACCAACUGACAUCGAUUGCUCCAGAAACAUUUCCUAAAGAUUUUAUCCUUGAAGAAGUGGAGGAUGUUCAGAGUUGAUAAUGCAGCACAUCAAGAUGGAUCUGAAAUUCAGAUUAUUGUUCAGUCCUGCUUCUGUGUACAUUACACUUGGGACAGCCAGUAGCGUGUAUUUUUUAUUUAUUAUAUAAAUAAAACAAUUGGACGGUUUAGGAAGAAAAUGAGGGGUUUACUAUUUUCUAAUGUAUUGUUUUUGUGUUGCUUCCUGAAUUCAAACUCUUUGAUUUUUGGGGAAUGAAAGUAAUAAUGACUUUAUUCAAAAUGGGAUUGUUUUGCUGACAAAACUAGCCAUUGUUCCAUAUUGGAUUUUUAAUUUAAACAUAAGCUAAGGAGGGAAAAAAAAAGUUGGAUAUAUAAGUGGCCCUUUGAAAGCAGAGUGGCUGUGUGAAGUUGUACGUCAUACCCUCUUGGUUGUCAAAAAAUACAAUUCUUCCAUUAUCCAUGUAUAGAAAUGUGGGCUUUGGCCUUACUUUCAUGCUGUUUCUAGAUAAGGUAAAUAUAUGUAACUGUUGCUAAUUCCUGAACUUAAAGUAAUUUAUUCUGAAAUGUUUGGCUGUUGCUUACAAAAAAUAAAGCACACUAAUCUUUUUGCUUUUCCAAA